AUGGCCGAUACUCCAAAAGACGAUUCGGUGUCCGCCGCCACCGAUAAUGCGACGCCCACACAACGAUACGGCCUGUUUGGCGGGCUAGCCGCCCUGCGCGAACGAGCCAACAUCCAAGACCGCCUCGUCGAAAGACUCCUCGCGCAGGUCAUGCCCGCCGAGGACGGCGAGGUCAGCUUCACGCUCGACGAGGACGUCGCCAACGCCCACCGCGCGCCCGAGUUCAGCCUCGGCCUCAUGUCCUACAACUUCCGGCGCUUCAACGCGCGCGCCGGCGUGCUCUUCCAGCUGCAGGACCUGACCGAGUCGCUGCUCGAGUGGCAGCGCCCCUCGCAGACCCUCGCCCUCCUCGCCGUCUACACCCUGCUCUGCCUCGACCCGCACCUCGUCGUCGCCCUGCCGCCCGCGCUGCUCGUCCUCGCCGUGCUCGUGCCGUCCUUCCUCGCCCGCCACCCCGCCCCCCCGCGCGGUACCCUCUCCAGCGACCAGGGCGUCGGCUACUCGGCCGCGGGGCCGCCGCUCGCGCCCCCGGUCACCGUCGCGCCGGUCCGCGAGCUCAGCCGCGACUUCGUCAAGAACAUGCGCCGCCUGCAGAACCAGAUGGGCGGCUUCGUCACCGCGCACGACCUGGUGGUCGAAAAGGUCCUGCCGCUGACCAACUUUAGCGACGAGGCGCUGUCGUCGGCCGUCUUCCUCUCCGCCGUCGGAGCCAUCCUCGUGGCCACCACCACCGCACACCUCGUCCCCUGGCGCUUCGUCUUCCUCGCCGGCGGCUGGGCCCACGUCUGCGCCGCCAACCCCUACGUCGUGCAGUUCCUCGCCGACCUGAAAGCCGGCAAGUUUGGCGACCUCGCCGCCGCCGGCAUGGACAAGGUCGCCGCCGAGGCGCUCGAGGGCGGCGACAAGGCCCGCACCUUCGCCGACGGCUGGGUCGCCGCGGACAUCAUCCUCGACUCGGCGCCGGAGACGCGCGAGGUCGAGAUCUUCGAGCUCCAGCGCAAGACCGGCUCCGGCGAGUGGGAGCCGUGGGUGUUCUGCCCGUCGCCGUACGACCCGCUGUCCGCGCCGCGCAUCGCGGGCGACCGCCCCGGCGGCACGCGCUUCUUCGAGGACGUUGCGGCGCCGGACGGCUGGGAGUGGAGCGAGAAGAAGUGGGCGCUCGACCUCUGGAGCCGCGAGUGGGUGGAGGAGCGCAUCAUCACGGGCGUCGAGGUCGAGACCGAGGGCGAGCGCUGGGUCUACGACAUGUACGACGAGGCGGCCGACGACGCGCUGCGUCGCUCCCGCGUCGUGGAGAACCCGGACACCGAGGCCGCCAAGAACGUCUCCCGCACCACCAGCUGGGAGGAGGGCGAAGACGGCGCGGGGCUCAAGGGCGAGUGGCGCCGGCGGCGCUGGGUGCGGCUGGUGAAGCGCAAGACCAGCCUGGUGGAGUAUUCUUGA